UGUGUCCGCGGCCACCAUCACAUUAACCUCAAUGAAAACACAUCACCUCUCGUUUACACCUCUCCGCCGCAAAAUCACCUGACAGCACAACACCCGCAGCAGGUUACGUGGACCAGUGCAUGAACUGGGAUGUCUGCAGCCGACUGGUACGCUCACAAAUCGCUGGGAGACGGGCUCUUCUGGAUCCAGGAGCGAUUCUACCAGUCGGAAAAUCGGGCCAACAUCUGGCUGCUGCGCGGCUCGCACCAGGACGUUGUGAUAGACACUGGGCUGGGCUUGAGGAGCUUACCUGACUACAUCGACGGCGAGGGGCUGCUGGGCGAAGGCCCGCAGAGGAAGAACCCGCUGCUGGCCAUCGCCACCCACGCGCACUUCGACCAUUCGGGGGGUCUGCAUCAGUUCCAGCAGGUGGGCGUCCACAGCGCCGAGGUCGAUGCCGUGGCUAACGGAGACAACUUCGAGACGGCCACCUGGCUCAGCGACAGAGAGAUAGCCGAGGCUCCCAGUCCGGGAUGGAGGGCACGGAACUACAAAGUGAAGGCUGUGCAGCCCACACACAUCCUGCAGGAGGGUAG